AUGUUUCUACAAGAAACGAAAGCGUACCUUUCCAGCUCAAGAACGUCCGUAAAUGUUUUUCUCACGUCGCCAGAUGAUGGAUUGAAGGUUGCUUUGUUCAAGAAGUUGUGCAAUGGUGUGCAUUUUGGUCCACAGCUGAGGGAUGCCAGAGCUGAAGUUAAUUUAUAGCUUAAGACUUUAUCUAUUAAGUUCUGAAAAAAAAACUAACCUCAUUGUAAGUUUAAAAUGGUAGUUUUUUCCUUUCUAAUUUUAGAUGCAAAAGGAGGGAUUAACUGUUGAGACUGCAGAUUACCUCACUGAUCUCCUGAAGAAGUAUGAAGAAACAGAAGGUGGGCUCUCUGCUGAUGCUGUCCUUCCUCCGAUACCAGUGGCAAGAGAUGAUCCAGGUCCACCAAAGCCAGCCAAGUUCUUGGUACCUACUGUCAUUCUUUGGGAUCCACUCAGUCAAGUUCCAAACUUAACAGAGUUGUCGUGUCCUCAUGAGAUCCAUGAUAAUGAAUUUUGUGUGCUCAGAACCCACACAAGCAGCAAGAGCCAUUAUGGUAGGUGGAAAGCUGCCCGUGGAACGCAGGAUGUCCCACGUGUUCUUUAUUGCUGUGAUGGAAGUACAUUAUUGGUGAGUCGCAUGUACACUUGUAAGAAAGGUCACAAAGUCAUUGCUCAUGAUCCGAGAAUCAUUGAGAACAUCCCUUCAUCAUUCCAAGUUCCAUUCUUCCUGUUGCAUAGAACAGGCUUCACUCACGAACUGGCAAACUGGGUUCACUCGUGCGUGUUUGCUGGUAUGACAUUUCAUGAGAUCGAAAAUGUGCUGAUUCAGAGGCAUCGUGAUGCAUAUGAAGACCGCAAGUGCAAAUUUGAGGCAGAAUUAAAGACUUAUUUGGAGAAAAACCCAGAUACCGACUCAGCAGAAAUUGUGAAAUUCCCUGAGUUUAAGGCCUCACAAGUGCCAUCUUUGGAAACCAUCAUGUCAAGCAUAGUACACAUGUUUGAGGGAAAUGAGCUCUACUACAUACAGAGAAUGAGUGAGUGGUCUGCUAAACGCAUUAUCGCAGGUUAUUACUUCAAAGUAGCCACUACAAUCGGUGAAAAACUAGACAAUGGGAAGUGGGCAACUCACUUUAAAAACAUGUACACAGUCAUGAAUGAGAAAGGCCAAGUCAUUGCAUGGAAGUUUAGCAAAGAAAAAGAUCUAAACGAGGUGAAAGACAUCUUGGUUGGGCUGCAGCAGCGUUUCCAACAGCAAGGAAGACAACUGGAGAUGAUCCUUGUUCCAGAGUGUUGCGAAACCAAACAGUUGUUCCAGGAUAUUUUUGGUGCAGAAGUACCUGUCAAAUUGGAAGUGACCAAAGCCAUUCACCGAGUUGUCAGGAAAAUACCUGCAAAGAAGAGAGAAGAUAAUCAGUUGACCAAAGCUUGUGUUCGCGACUUUGCCUUGUGUCUUCGUUAUCCAUCUGAUCGAGGAGACACCCAGCAAGAGGACACACCUCCUCCAAAGAUUAUUACUGAAAACCUUGAUGCCUUUGUCACUGGCUGGAAAGAAAUUAUUGAAGGGACUGAGCGUGUCUUAACACUGGCUGCACAGAGGCAGAUUGUUCAGUUAAGAAAUCAUAUUACAGCAGGGUGCCUAUCCGAAAUCCCUGUCUCCUCCACAACUGAGAAUGUUUCUGACCUGCAGAACAUUUUAAGGCCAGUCUUGGAGAGAAAGUUUCUGAAUGUUGACAUGGCCUUGGCUCUUAUAUCCACACUUCUGUAUGUGUGGAAUGAGAGAAAAGCUAAUCAGCUGCCAAUUGGUGCUCUUGUGAGGCCAAUUGCAAAGUACAGGGGCACUUUAGAAGUCAGUGGUUUUACACCAAGUUCUGAGAGGUUUGGAAUUGUCAAGACAGAAGAGGAUGAGACCAGUGAUGGCCUUUCUUCUGCCAGUUACUCCUUUGAUGUUCUAGCUUUGCAAUGUUUGAUCCUGGAUGCAUUUGAUGGCCACAAAGAUGCAGAGGUACAGCAGGCAAGCAGUGAGAACAGCUUGAGUCAGUCAGUUCUCAAGAAAGUCAUUGCAAGAGCAUCAAAUCUGAUGUCUGUGUGGGAGCUUUUGAAAACACAAGCAGUCAAUGAAGUGUCCAUCAACCCCCGUCUGUUGCACCUGAUGGCUUGUUCUUUGAUCCUGUUCAGUCGCAAUGAAUGUGCCAUUGAUGACCGAUCAAACCAUGAGGUACGGCUGAGCGAAAUGCUGCGUUACUACCAGCUGAUGGUGUUCUCAGAGAAGAAGGACACUACAGAAGCAGACGGGUUCUUCACUGCAGUCAGUUCUGGGCUCAACUCCAUCCUUCGAAGUGAUUUACCUGAAAUAGAAUCAGUUAAACAGCACCUUGCAUCCAUUGGUUACCUUACUGAUGAAGGGAGCAGCCUGGAGGAGAAUGUUUCUGUGCUGCGACAUUUGAUUAGUGACGAGUGGCUGGCGAGUGAAGAAGACUACAGCAAGCUUCUGGUGUCACAUAUGAUCAGCUUCUCAGAAGAGGCACAAGCAUUCAGAAACAGAGGAUACUUUAAAGGUAUGAAACAUAAGAGGCUCCAUAAACUAUGAAUACAUUCUCCCAAUGUUUGACAUGCAAUUUAGCCACAGUCAUUCGCCAGGGUUAAAUUUCAGCACCAGUACACAUACACCUCAUGAAAUGUUUUGAUACAGUCUGUUAUAGAGCCUGUCUAAUUACCAUAAUUGAUAUUAAGUGGAAGAAUUAUAGGAUGAACAAUUGACUCAAGAAAACACAGUUCCACAAAGUUUAUAUUUAAUACUAGGGGAGUCCUUUUUCAUCUGUAUUCAUUACACAAAAAAUGAAAUAAUGUUCUUUUCUUUAAGCAAAGUCUCUGGUCUGAACAUCUUCACACUAGGAGAGAUGUUGAGUGGCUGAAUUUUCCUUGAUAUGUUUUGUAAGACAAACUCAUAUAACCCAUCUCUUUUUUUCUUUAUAAUUAUGUAAUAAUAUUGUCCUUAUUUACAGGCAGGAUUGGGAAAUUUGUAGAUGAUAUAGGACUUAAGUUCUUGAAAUUUACACGAUCCUUGGUAGAGCAGAAAGUUUGGAAUUUUUAUGUUUUGAACAGAAUUCUAAAACAAACAUAGAUUUUCUACAUCAUUAUUUUUGAGGUGGCUCGAUUGGAUUUUUCAGGGCCAAAAUACCUCUCAAGUUUAAACAUUAACUACGUUGCCAUUAACAGCUUUAUCAGACAAAGAUAAAAAUUUGUUAUGAGCAAUGUUACGUUGAUAUCGAAGUCAUCAUAGCAACAAAAAGACAUCAUUAUCUAUUUUACUUGCAGGAAUAUAUCUCGGCACUGGGAGGUUUUUUUUCCCACAAUCGUUCGCAGGAGUUUGUUCCGCUAGUUUCGUUAAUAUUUUGGUCUACUGUAACAAAUGAUAGAUUUUUUAAAAAAUAUGAUAUGCUCAAGAUUACUCAUUGUUUUAUUUGACUUUCAAGUCUUAGCAUUAUGGAGAACUUGUCACGCAAUAGAAUAAGGAUUCCAGUGUGUUAAUUUUUUGCUGUGAAUUUCAUGCUUACAAGUGAGAGCCUCUCUUAUUCAAAAGUUCCAUUUUAAUGUGAACAGCAGUAACUAACAAUGCACUUGAAAUAUACAGGUAUGCUAACUAUUAUUGUCCACAAAAAUAUUAUGAAACUUGGAGACAAUGCCUUUGAAUAACAAAUGGCUCUGAGUCUCGCUUGCAGACACGAAAUUUCCGACAAAUUAUUAGUGUUUUGGAGUCCUUAUUUUAUUGUAUACAAGUUUUUGAUGAUGGUGAAACUUAAGGGUCAUAUAAGCUGGAGAAUAUCACAUUUGUAAAAAAUCCAAUUUAAGCUGUCCCCAUGAUUUUCAGACAGGUUUUUGAAGAGAUUGAAACUACUAUGAGGUGAAAUUGCAUUUAAAAGCACUUCAUUUUCUAAAGAUAAUGGUGGAACAUCAAGAUUGUCCAGUCUUGUGAUUUCUGAUAAAGUUCUAACCCUAAGAGGUGUCAAAACAAAGCCCAAAAUGUCUCUUAAACACAAAGUAGAUUUUCCCAAAGUAAGCGGCGAUCAAUCGCCGGGUGCCGCCUUCUAUUGAGAACCCUGGGAACAUCAAGACUGUCCAGUCUUGCAUUUCUGUAUUUCUAACCUUAAAAACAUGAGCCCAAAAUAUCUCAGAAACGCUCUCAUAGAUUUUGCUGAAACUUCAUGAACAUUAUCGAUGUCAUUUCGUUGCUAUGACAAUUUCGAUGUCAACAUAACAUUGCUCAUAACAGAUUUUCAUAUUUGUGUGAUAAAGCUGUGGUAAUAGCUUUUCCAAAUCUUUGUUAAUGGAAACAUAAUUAAAGCUCAAACUUGGACGGUAUUGGCCCUGAUUAGUUUUUUCAGGUUGAAUUCUCUGGCAUAUAGAACUGGAAACCAGACUUUUGUAGUAUUGAUUUCACAUAAAAACAAUCCAUAAAAAAUGCGUAAACACUGUGUAAAGUCUUAUAAUUAUCUGUUUUAUUUCUCUUCUUUUGGAAUUUUUUUCAGCCUCAAUUUGAUAGGCAGUGGAUAGUAUUACAAGUUGCACUUGUACAAGCAAUGAGUUCAAUGUUAUUGCAAUAAGUUGAGUUGAAUAUUCCUUUUUUUGCUUGUAUUGUAGCUGAAAUGUCCAAUCUCCUGCCAAUUGCUGCUGCUAAGGUCCUCCGUGUGCCAGUCAUCGUCUUCACCUCCCUUCAGCAUUUCCCCAUUGUCCCUGUGGUACCAUCAGAUGCCAUUAUUAUCGGCUCUUGUGUCCACGUGGCUUACAAUGCAGCUGGCUUUGGAGGGUUCUUUGAUGUAGGGACCUAUGUUAGUAGUUCCAUAGUCCUGCCAAAACUGAUGACUGAUCCCUUGGAGAGACGCAGGGAUAGCAGGAAACGGUACAGGGAGAAGAUAGCACUACAGAAGAGUAAUCAAGUUCCCAAGAAGAGGGGAAAGAAACCGAAAUCAGGAAAUUCUCAAGAGGAGGAAGAGGAGACUCAAAAGGAAACAGAUGCUGCUGAUGCUGAGGUUUCACAAGAUGACUCAAUUUUAGAUUCAUCAGCACUUGAUUCAUCUGCACUGGAGUCUUCCACACUUGAUUCAUCUGCUGCUGAUGUAACAGAACAAGCCAUACCUGUAGAUAUGUCCACAGGGGAAACAGAAGGUGAAACUACAGAAACUGUGCAGGACUCCAGCCUGGCUCCCUCUGCAACUGUUGGUACUGUUGAUGAAGGAGUUGAAGCAGCAGCCAACCUUAUUGAAAUGGCUUACAGUGAGGCGGGGGUAGAUGAGAGCACCAUGCAACCAGCCAUUACUGAAAGUCCUUUAAAAAUUGCAAUCGUACCAGGUACUGAACCAGCAGUAGAUGAACAAACCAUUUUACAGUCCAGUGAAACAGAAGUGGUACCCCAAGAAGAUGAAGCUGUUGCAGAGGAAAAUAUGCCAACCGAUACCAUAGCAGAGGAUGUGAUAGAUCAGUCUAUGGAUUGUGAAGAUAAGGAAGACAAGGCAGCUUGUAGUGAAGAGGUUUUAAUCCCUGAACCUGUUGCUGCUGGACGUGGUAAGUCACUGAGAGAAGCCUCCACCCCUGGGAGAAAGCCUGGCCUGCUUGACAAUGAAGCAGUUGUAACCUUCACAGACGGUGCAAACAUCCAGAAGCAGACUUUUUCCUGUAGCUGUGGACGAGGAAGUGGCAAGAAUCAGAAGCGUACCCAGUUCUGCUUGACUUUGGAGGGUGGUUACCUCACCCGCUGUGCCUGUUAUCGGAAUGCAUCUGGCUGCUCCCACAGGUGUCGCUGCUACCUUUGUUGCAAUCCAUAUGGCACAGCUCAAGCAGCAAAAGCUUCCAAACCAGCUCGACAAGUUCGCAGGUUCAGACCCCGGCACAAAGUCCAGGUGAUCAAAAGUCGUAUUCCAGGUCUCACCCUCUCCUCCCCUUCUAUAAAAUCUGAAUCAGAGAGUGCAAAGUGGAUGGAAGUUGACAACUUGGCAUUCGAAUGUCUCAUAGCAGCUAUGAGUCAUGCUGGUCUAGAGCUUACCCCAGAGAAGAUUGCUGCUGAGUACGACAAUUUGUGCAUCCUGUCAAAGGAUGAAGGUGGGAUACUGGGAAACUUCUUACAGCCAAAAACCAUUGCAGAUGUUGCCCUGCAAUUGGAGGUUGUGCAGAAAAAUAUCCGCAUUUUUGAGAACUUGUACAAGAAACAAACUGAGCUCAACUGGUUUCAAGGCAUGGAGGUUGUCUUUUCAACUGAAGUUGUGGUGUCAUCAUAAGCCACUUUGAGACAAUGUUCCCUGGUCUAGG